CGCGCCCCCUCUUUGCUUCACAGCCUCACCCUCCCACCCAUGGACAAUUCAUGGUCUCUAUCUAUAUCUACUAUCUACAGCUAGAAAUGAAAUCGAAUGGUCAAGAAGAAAAUCGUCAGCAAAACAAGCAGAUUCACAAAUAAGAAUUAAUAAAAAAAAUCUCAGUUCAAAAUGGCUUUCGAAAGCGAGCCCCAAAAUCCCGUGUUCAAAGUAUUGGCUGAAAUACAGCGAUACACCGACGUGUGCCCAAAUCCUGAAGACUCGGACUUUUACACAUGCCGGGCAAUGAGGAAGGAUGGAGGCCGUUGCCGAAAUCCUCCCUGCACGCAACAUGAACGAUAUCAUAGUCCCAGCUUGAUGUCGGAGUUCCGGAAUAUGACAGAAUGUCCUGAUACGGAGAGUUUCUAUAAUAAGUUAGAAACUUUUAUUACCUAUUCUCAUUGCAAGAGAUGGCAUCGUUGGCCAGCCCUCGCAUCUUUCGAGCGUUGGAAAAAGGAGCGAAUCGCAGCCAGGUCCAAUACCCGGCAACGGUACAUGCCCGCUUCUCGACCUGCGGCACCAGCCAGACCGUCUACGCCUCCGCCAACUAUACAGCCAACAACUACGACAGUCAUACAGCCUCUCACGGCGGCAGCUCUUCAGCAGCUACCAUCCACUCCUACACGAUUCGUACCUUCAACAGCUAGCGCGACAUCUGACGGUGGCGAUUCUGUCGAUGACAGUAUUCUGGAGACUCGCUCUGUCACCAGUAACGGAUCGACGUUUCUAAGCUCCCUUCCUAAUACCCCUCCGCGCAAUGGACUUAUUUCUGGCAUGGAAAUAGAUGAUAUCGCGGAGGAAGUCAUUAUACAAGAAGAUGGAGCUGAUUGGACCGCUGCUAAUGCCGCAAGGGCUAGAGCCAAUGCAGACAAUUCGCCUUCGCCAAGCAGCAAGUCUAUUGCAGACGUAGACAUGGAUACCGUUGAAGAAAUUGUUGCACCAGUAGAUCUAUCCAAUAGGAUAUCUGCAAGCGCCGACAAGUUGACUGCUACUAUCGAAAGACUUGCCACCUUCCUCGAGGAGAAAAUCAUUGAGAAAGAAGUCGCUUCUGAAAGGAAAGAAGUCGAGAGAGAAGACGUUAUUGAAGAAGCUGCUGUUAACAAAGAAACUGUUAUUAGCAAUGAGACUGCUUCUGUGGAGACUAUAAAAGAGACCAUCACAAAACAAGAAACCGAAGAAAAAGAUAAUCUUGAAGAAGGCCAUGAAAAUGUGGUCGUCAAAUACCAAAUUAAGAGAAAAGCCGUGCCAGAAGCGAAUGAUGUUGGGAAGGUGCAAGAUUUGGCUUCAACCUCAGACGUCCCUGAUACAGUCGUAACAGAGGAGGAUACUUCAGCAAAAGAAAAAGUCAUUGAUGGGCUUGGAAUUAUUAGCCUACACCGCAAUGGCUCACUAAGAGAUCACUCACCGGUAUUCCAAGUAAUUAACAGUCAUCCCACCGUUGACAAGAUGAAAGAAGGUGUUGUAUACAUCCUUGAGCAUAAAGACAACCCUUCGCUUUUCAAGAUCGGAUGGUCAAGCAAGAGCGCUGAAGAGAGAUUAAAGCAGCCUAACAACUGCUACGGGAUCAACACAAAAGUCAUUUACGAAACUCAAAGGUUCGCCGGCGCUCCCCACGCUGAAAAACUCGCUCAGGUUAUUCUCCGGCACGCUAAUAUUCGCGUUCUAUCAUGCGAGAAGUGCAAAGGCGGCCAUAGAGAGUGGUUUUCAGCGAAUGGAGAAACUGUACGUCGAACGGUUAUGCAGGUUGAAGAAUUUGUUCAGAUGCCCGCAUACACGCUACAAGAUGGUGAAUACAAAUUAUCGCCAGAAGUAUACAGUCGCGUGGUAAGACAGAUGUGCGACUUUUCCAUAGACAAGAUGGGGGAGCUCAUGCACGGAAAAAUUGGAGUCAAUGAAGCAGCGAAGUCAACCAUUGUGCUGUGUGAAACUAUAUCUCUGGCCCCCAUCACACCACCCGAAAUAUCUCGCCCCAGUACCACAGGCGGAUUUUUCGAGAUGCAUGAAGCCAAUGAGAGUUUUGCUUCAUUAUCUUCGCAGACAAGCGGGUCAAAAGCUCGACUGUCAGCGGGAACAAAAGUCGCGAGAAAGUUGAAACACUUCGUAGCGGCCAAAAACACAGUCAAAGAGUAUUUGACUCGGUCUCGAGGAACAACACCCGAGGUGGAAGGCAAUGAAAAGCGAGCACUUGGUUCGGUCUUUGUGGAUUUGAAGGAUAAGGCGCGUGGUAUUGGCACAAAAGCGCGGCAAGAUGUUCGGGAAUUUCGAAGAGAUUUCAAGGAAGAACUACGCCGCAAAAACGAUGAUGAGGCUGAGUGAUGCUCACAAGGCAGAUUGCGUGUAAAAGUGGAAGAGGUGGAAAAAUAGUUAUAUUUGAUAUCAUAGCGGUUUGGUGUUUAUAACGUGUAAAUGUACAGAGUUUUUCUUAGUCGCAGCUCAGACGCACAAGACUUUUCAUACAAUGUUUCGUCAAUUGACACUUCAAAGCAUCAAUGGC